AUGGUUGAGUUGGGCGAUGCUGGUGUGCGUGUUAUGUUCGUGAACGGGCACCGUCAGUUGGGACUGGUAGUUUUUGUAUUGACGGGCGAAUGCAGAAGUGGAAGAAAUUCACCUGAUUACCAAGUGUAUCAUCAAUUGGCAAAUGCUACAUCUGGUCAAGUCUUCAAUGUGAUAAAAAAUGACGUAAAAGAUAUAUUAAAAUAUAUUGAGGAGUCUAUUACAGGCAUAGAAAGCAAGCUCGUAGACAAAACAUUUUCACCUGGCUAUGAUAAAAAUGUUACAGUGAGUAUCCUAAUGAGUCAACGCAUGGCGGUGAAAGUGACGGACACAAAGCCAGGAAGAUACUACGUGACGAUUGGAAGUACUUCCGUAACGCAUGUAGUUGUGAGUGCAAAAAGCGCAAUUAAUUUCCAACUUGGAUUUAACGUGUUUAAACCAAAAUCCAGCAAAGACAUCGUCACAAGACCGCCGCCAAAAGGGAAUGUUUUCAUGGGUGUCAAGUUACUCGGGUCAGGUGUGAAACUGGAGACAGUCAAAAUACUUGGAAUGAGCGAUGAAGUUAUUAAAGAACUAAAAUUGGAACUACUCGAUGAAAAAGCGCAGUUCUAUGUGACGCCGUUAUUCGACCCUCCGUCUACUAUGUUUCGUGUAACAAUAAAUGGAUAUGACAUCGAUUCUAAAACGCCAAUAACGAGAGUAAGUCCAACACCGAUAUCCAGACAAGAUUUAUCCACAGAUUUUGUGGCGAAAGUAGACACAGCCCCGAAUGUAACGAUUGAUGGUGACAAGUCAGUAACCCUUUACGUUGACGAUCCAUUAGAACUGACUUGUAAAGUUCACGCUUAUCCUGAACCAGAAAUAAUAUGGGAAGAUAAAAAUCUUGGGGUUGUGAUUCCUUCAGAGACGAACAUCGUCGAGGUUCCUUACGACUAUGUCAAUAUUUUAAAAGUAGACAGAGUAGAAAAAAAUACUACCUACCAAUGUAAAGCCAAAAAUAGCAUUGGAGAUGAAGUUCAAGGUGUAGAAAUCAUAGCAAAAAGGAGAUUUUAUUUCAAUGUUAUCGAUUCUCCUAAAGAAAAACCAGUAAUCGAUAAGUCUGUUGAUGAGAUCCGUAUUACAGAAAAAAACAAUGGUGAAUUGUCUUGUAGAAUUCUUAAAGGGAUCCCAAAACCGACUAUAACCUGGUCCUUCCGAGGUUUGGGUAAAAAAAGGAAAUUGAAAGAAACUGGGGAGACCAUACAGUUGAAAAAUGCUAAAAGACACAAAAGUGGUGUGUACACGUGCAGAGCGGAGAACGUCUUGGGAACAGAUAAUCACGAAACAGAAGUGAUUGUAGAAUUUGAUGUUUCACCUAUUAUUUUACAUCUUAUCAACAUCUGCUUCGAACAAGGAGCCUUUCCAAAAGCACUGAAACGAGCUGUAAUCACUUCUGUGUAUAAGGUUGGGGACAGCGCUGAUCCGUCAAAAAUAAUGAAAAGAAUAAUAAAUCAGAGCUUACUCGGUUAUUUAACAAAGAACGGGACUUUAUCCUCUUCGCAAUUUGGCUUACAACAGGGUAAGUCUACCAAAGACGCAAUCCAGGUUCUCACAUCCAGUGUUACUGAAAAACUAGACACUGGAAGUAAGUGCCUAGCAGUCUUCCUGGAACUCAAAAAAGCCUUCGACACAGUGUCAGUCCCCACUCUUUUAAGCAGGUUAGAAGGCAUCGGAGUUAGAGGAACACCGCUAACAUUAUUUGGCGAAUACCUGAGCGAACGCAGCUAUGUUGUUAAGAUCGGCACAGUCGUUAGUUCUGAAGAAAUAGCCACAUAUGGUGUUGGACAGGGUAAUCCACCACAAAUAAAACGGAAUGUUAAGAAAAAAAAAAUUGUGGAUGGUGAUGAAGUGGAGUUGACGUGUGAUGUCAUUGGAGUGCCAGCACCAACAGUAUUCUGGACAUUUAAUAGUACCAAACUAAGAAGUACUGAGAGAAAACAAAUAACGACCGAUUAUAGUCUAAUAAUCAAAACCACUCUGGCUGACACUGGAUAUUAUGCGUGCCAUGCAGAAAAUAAGUUAGGGACAGAUGAAAUCAAAGUUUUCCUACAAGUAUAUGUUCCUGUGACUAUCGAGAAACCAAUAUCCAACUUAGUGCAGACCCUUGUCGGUAGAAAUGAGUCGCUUUACUGUAAAGCCAAUGGAUAUCCCGCACCAGACAUAAAAUGGACUUUCCACAGUGCUCCUGGUGCCCCUGGAAAAGAUGUUUUGUAA